AUGGAUGUGGCAAAUUCUGACUCUAAUUAUGUGGCCUCUCCGAACGACCCUAUUAAGCUCAACAUCGGCGGGAAGCUCUUCGAGGCAACGCUUGCCACCCUUCGCCCUGGUGGUCCAGAUUCCCUUCUCACCGCUCUCUCCGUCUGCGACACCUGCGAUGACCACCCUAUUUUCAUUGACCGCGACCCCAAGAUCUUCUCCGUCCUCUUCUCUCCCCUCCGCCCCAAUCCGCUCCCCUCUGCCUCUCGUCGUUUCUGCAGGCAAGAACUUCCCGAUGAAGCCCUUUACUACGGCAUCGACGCCCAACUCAGCAACGGCCUGCGCAAGCAACCACCUGACCGACCCACCGACGACCUUGCUAAAGAGGGCGGUAAGAAAAACAAGAAAGGUAAUAACGCCUCUGGCAAUGAGUCUUCUCAUACCCCUGAUAGUCCCAUGAUAGAAGCCCCCACAAACGAAGUUAUCUCAACGUCCACUGAGUCGCAGAUUUAA